AAAUUCGUUUGCUGUGAAUUUUUGAAGUAUAACCGCGCCAAAUGAUGCAGCGAAGUUAUUAUUUUUCUUUCAAGUAAACAAUGAUGAGGAAGUCUGUUGCGCCAAAGGAAGUAACAUAUACGGAGGGGUCCAUUGUAAAAAUAAAGUUGGAAAAUGUUUUAACAUAUGACACUGUAGAGUUUAUAUGUGGCCCUCAUCUAAAUGUAAUAAUUGGACCAAAUGGAACUGGCAAGUCAACAAUUGUCUGUGCGAUUUGUCUUGGCUUAGCAGGCAAAACAAGCUGGCUUGGGCGCGCACAAAGUCCAACUGAUUUUAUUAAAUAUGGCAAAUCAAAAGCCAGAAUUGAACUAGAGCUAUACAACUCAGAUGGGGAUAAUUGGGUAAUUACGCGUGAAAUAAACCGUGAAGGGCAGCAAACAAGGUGGUGUGUUAAUGGAAGGACUGCUACUCAGAAAGCAGUUGAGGAGUUGGUUAGUCGACUAAACAUACAAGUAGGAAAUCUUACACAGUUUCUGCCUCAAGAAAAAGUGGCUGACUUUGCUAAGAUGAGUGAGUCCGAAUUACUGGAAAACACAGAGAAAGCUGUUGGCGAUCCAGAGAUGUAUGAGCGCCAUCAAAAACUGAAAGAAUCUCGUACAAAUGCUAAGAGUUUGGAGCAGGAAUUUCAUAACCUUCAAGAGCGGAUUAACCAAGAACAGCAAAAGAAUGCAAGAAUUGAACAAGAUGUCAAAAAUUUUGAGGAGAGGGAAAAUUUUCUUGCUAAAAUCAAAAUUCUUGAAAUCAAAAGAGCAUGGGUGCGAUAUGAGUGUGAAAGACAGCAGUAUAUUGCCACUAAGGAGGAAAAAGAGCAGAAAGAGAAGAAACUAAAGGAAACGCGAGCAGCUCAUGCCCCACUCACCAAAAAGUUGGAUGAUGCAAAGAGGCAGAAAGAAGCUAUUGAUAAUAUGAUGAAAAUGAAGACUGGAGAGUUGAAGGAGGCAGCAAAGAAAGCUGAGGCAAACGGCAAGGAAGUUGACAACUUAACCGACAAGUAUGUGGAAGCCCAAGAUGAACUAAAGUUUAAAAAGGAGCAGGAAGAUGCUAGAAAGAAAAGAUUGAGAGACCUGAACAAACAGUUGGAGGCCUUGGAGAAUGAAUUGCAAAAUACGGAUGAAACAGAAGAUGUUCAGCCCUUGCUUGAAAAGGUCAAUAGAAGUAUGCGGGAAACAACACAGAAAUUGGGCCAUAUAAAUAUGGAAGGAGAGAAUCUAAGAGGAAAGAUAGAGGGCCGCAGGAGAAAUAUGAAUGGCCUACAGAGAGAUUUACAGACAUUACGCAAUAUUGAGACCCAGCGCCUACAGGCCCUACGUGCUAAGCAUAAGGACACAUACGAUGCUGUGAUGUGGUUGAGAGAAAAUAGAGACAAGUUCAAGGGGAACAUACAUGAACCAAUCAUGCUUUGUGUGAAUAUGAAAGAUCCCAACAUGGCGAAAUACCUGGAAAACCAUAUAUCUUUCAAUGACAUGAGAGCAUUUGUCUGUGAUACUAGUGAGGACAUGAACACCUUCAUGGAUUUGAUGAGAGAAGAACAAAAACUGAAAGUGAAUGCUGUGAAAACACCUCCCAGAGUUUCUCUAGAUACCUGUCAUCCAAAGUACCCGAUACAGAAUUACAGAAAGUACGGUUUCCAUAGUUACCUGAUGGAUCUGUUCACAUGUCCCGAGGCUGUGAUGAAGUUCCUGUGUACCCAGUAUAAAGUACAGAACAUUCCAGUAGGUGACAAUAGAACUAAGGAACUAGUUGAUAAGAUUGUGAAGGAACAGCCAGAAAUGAACUGUUUCUAUACAGCUGAAAAUCAGUACAUGAUAAAGAAGAGUCGAUAUGAUGGCUCCACAUCCUCUAGAAGUGUUAAACUGAAAAAUCCGUCCCUGCUAACAAUAUCUAUGGAUGAUAACAGAGAGAAGGAGCUGAUUGAGACAGAGAGUGUGCAAAAGGAAGAAGACCUGUAUAACAACAUGAAAGUCCAGACCCGACAGCUCGACAAACAGCUCAAUGAGUUUAGGGAUGAAAAGAAACGUUUAAUGACAAGAAAAGAUAUUAAGAAGAAACUUCAGUCACAGAUCAGUGCUAAAAAGCAGACGAUUCAGAAUGUUGAAGGGGAGGCUAUAGAUUUGGACGCAGAGGAACAGAAGGUGGCGAGGAAAGUUCAAGAAAUAAAUGCAAAGAAAUACAGAAAUCUACAACAGUAUCUUGAAAAUACACAGAAAUGUGUGAGAGCAAGUACAGAGAAAGUGAGGAUGAGCCUACGGCAUGCUGAAACUAUCCGAGAAUACAGUCGUCUGGAAGCUGAUAUACGCGAGCAGUCACAGGCCCUACACUCAGCUGAGACAGAGUUUGAAAGGAUCAAGACACAAUUACAUGAGUGUAAGAAUGUAGCAAAAAGGCUUCUAGAUGCAGCAAAGAAAGCUAGCGGAACUGGACCUAACGAAGACUUGGCUGACCAUCUGAAAGCUACGUUUGCGUCUCUACCAAACACGUUAGAGGAGAUUGACACCAAGAUACAUGAGCAUCAAGUUAGAGCUGACUGCACUGUCCAGACAGAUGAAAGGGUUGUGAAGGAGUAUAAGAAACGUAAAGAAGAGAUUGCAAGACUCGAGGAUCAACUUGCAAAUAAAGAGCGAGAACGAGAUAGUCAUCAGGCAACAAUAGAAGAAGCAAAGUCACAAUGGUUAGACCCCUUACAGCAGUUGAUAACAAGAAUCAAUAAAGCCUUCAGUCACUUUUUUAGCUGUCUAAAAUGUGUCGGAGAAGUUGACCUUCACAUUCCGGACAAUCCGGAGGAGUAUAGCAAGUAUGGUGUGAGAAUCAGAGUAAAGUUCCGUGACUCUGAACAACUGAGAGAGUUGUCUCCCUUCCAUCAAAGUGGUGGAGAACGCAGUGUGACAACUGUCCUAUAUAUGAUGGCCUUACAGGAACUGGCCAAAUGUCCAUUCAGAUGUGUUGAUGAGAUUAACCAGGGCAUGGAUCCAAACAAUGAAAGGAAGGUGUUUGAAUUAGUUGUGAACACAGUGUGUAAGAAAUCCUCAUCACAGUAUUUCCUGCUUACCCCAAAGUUGCUGCCUGACCUGGAGUAUGCCAAAAACAUGACUGUUCUUUGUGUAUAUAAUGGACCAGGGAUGUUGAAUCAUAAAGACUGGAACCUUGGGAAAUUCCUGCGUAAGAGGGCCAGACUGGAGGACUAGCUGUCCCUCAAGUUUUGUUGGAUGUCAUAGGCAGUGCUUAUACUACCUAGCUGGGCAGCUUUCAGUGUUCAAAUUACCAAUAUUUAAAAUUCUAUUUCAUGGAAGAAAUGUGCUAACAUUUUGUCAAGGAAAUCAUGCUAAAAUUAUUUCUUGAAAAAUCUAAGAUGUCUAGUUGGAAUAUUUGCAACAAGUGAGAUUAUGUGUACAUAGAAGAAGUUGCACAGACUGGAAAAGCUAGCCACUCGCAGAAUUUUUGAGAAAAGUUUUAGUAAAAUUCAAGUUUACUACUUAGUUUAACAAGAUGGGAGAAGUUUGUAAAUAAAGGGGGGAAAAUGCUGUGGUUUGAUGGAAUAUUAUUGUUUAGCUUUUGUUUCACUACAAGAAAAUAAAAGAAGUUUGUACAUGAAGAGUGAAAAAUAUUGAAAUGUUUUUAUAGUUAAUAUAUAGGCAAAGAAGUAUAAAAUACACAGAAUGGCAACUGGCGGUAAUCUCGCGUGAUCUAACGUCCGAGCGUGAUUCGGUGUUAUCUUAGCGAAGCGAGCAUGGAGUUGCAAUUUGUACCUUUAAGACUACAUGUAAAAUACAUGUUAGCUUCUAAAACAACAUUUGUUUAAUAAGAAAUAGUCUUAAGCACAAUAUACACGUUUCUUACUUUAAAAAAAGCAUGGUCAUACGGUGAUAAUUAAUAAUUGACAGUGUCAUAUCUUUCGCCUACAAAAUGGCGCGUGGAGAACUUCCGGUAACAAGAUCUCGUUUGCAGUCGCGGGAUGUUGGCGAAAUUUGCUCUAUCUGCCUUUCAAGUUGCCGAUCUAUUUAUUUUUAUAACUCUUUGAUAUAGGAAUAAGGAUGAAGAAAAAGAAAAUGGCAGGCAUCUCUCAGAAAGUCAGUAUGAAGUUUCUUAUUUGAAUAUUUCUUGGAAGAAAAGUUAAUGUUUUCUCUAAUGUGUUUAAAAACAUGUGCUUAUACUCUAUUAUUUUCACUCAAAACAUUUCAAGAUGACCAGAAUUUUAAAGGUUAUUUCUUUUUUAAAAUGAUGUACACAAUGGUGCUAUUCAGUUGUUUUUAAUGCAGUAGAAAAUCUCUGCACAUUUUGUAGACACUUCUUGCAUUUUGUUGACAAGUUAUUAGUUUGGUUUUCAUAAAUAUUGUUGUAAAUAUCUUUGAUCUGUUUAGUGUAUAACUUUGCAAGAAGCUUUUUUGGAAUAGACAAAUCAUAAAACAUAUAUAUCGAUGGUGUUAAUAAUUAUAAUGUUAUGAGUUUUCUAAUAUUUCAUUUUAGUUUAUAUAGAUAUGAUAUUUUCUGGCGAAAAAGUUUACUUUGGCCAUGAAAUAAGUAUUUCAGGAAUUCUUAGGGUGAUUUGAUUUCCUUAUAUAUAUAAUUUUGAAAUACACUGUCAUUAUUUCUGUACUGUUGCAGUGGCAAGAACAGCUCUAUAAUUAAGUAAAUGUAAAAAUGUUCUUGGAAGGGGCAGACAUCUGGGGGGAACAUCAGUAAAAAUUUUAUUUUUGCAUCUUAUCCAUAAGCUCACUUGUAAUGAGAUUUUAGGAUUACUGGAUGUCAAUCAUUUGUCAGCCACAAUUUACUUCAAACAUGCUUCUCAUGAACAGCUUGAUACAAUUUUUUACCAAACUUGGCCAGAAGCAUCCUGGUAUUGUGUUGUCUUCAAUAUAUUGAAAAGGUUAAAUGGACUGAAAGUCAUGACUGCCAGACCUAAAAAUAGUAAAAACUUUGAAAAUCUUAUUGUCCAAAGUUGCAAGACCCAGAGCUUAGAGAUUUGGUAUGUAGCAUUGUAUAGUGGUUCUCUACUCUAUUUGUUCAGAUCAUGCCCAAGGGAUCAAAAUUUGCCCUGCCUUGGGGGGUCACAAGUUUGUGUUUUCAUAGAUUUGUGUAAGAAGAACUUUAGAAAUAUUCAUGUCUAAAGCUGAAGCUUGGAUAUUUGGCAUGUAGCAUUGUGUAGAGAUCCUCUAUCAAGUUUAUUGAAAUUUUAUACCCAUACGAGUCAGGUGAAUGAUAUAGGGGCCAUCAUGGCCCUCUUGUUGUAUUUAGAAAGUAUUACAUUGUAUGAUUUUAUCUGUUUAAAAGACCAUUUUCAAAAAAUUACAGGUUUAUAUAUUUUCUAAACAUUGAUGUAAAAGAAUCAACAUAAUCAAACAUGCAGAUUUUAGUGAAUGACAUUUCGUAAGGCAUUAUAUGCCACCUUAAAACAGCAAAGUAUAUUAAAUAUGGACUAGUUUUAGUUAAGGUACUAUUUGUUAUCUCCGGGUCAUGGGAGCUAUAUGUUUUUUAUAAACUGGUGUUAAAAUAUCAUAAUUUACAUGCUUAGUUAAUAACCGGUACUGGCAACUCUCCAAAUCACUAUACUUUUUAUGUACAGUUAGUAACUAACAGGACAAUAUAAAUUGACAAAAACCUUAAAUCUGGAUGACAUUUGUGUACCCCUUUAACCAUUAGGUGAUAAGUAAUACCUGCCCAGAAUAUCUUUUAGUAUAUAUGUUAUGAUGCAUGUGAUAGUAAUGAAAAUCAAAAAGUAGUGUUUUGUACAAGCAGAGGUAGUGCAAAUGUUAUGGUUUUAUUUUUUCAUGUACUGAAAGCAAAAUUCACAAUUGCAGUGUGAUUAUGCUAAAAACAUACCAGUCUGAAUUAUUAUUGUCAGGGAAAUAUAACUUUCAUAAGAGAGUUGAUUUAUAAAUAUUUGUUAUUAUUUCAUUUGGUAAUUAAAAAAAAAACAUUGUU